AUGUCCACUUCAGCCUCGUCCAUACCCCAGGCGCUCUGGGCCGCUCAGGUCCCCUUGCACAUCACUCACCGGUCCGCGCCCUCUACACCCUUCAUCACAAGCGUCCCACGCUUCAGCUACCUGUCGCUUCUGCUGCCGCGCCUGUCGGCCUUCUUCGACGCACCCUGCUCCAGCUUUCACUUUGAGGAUGUGCAGCUAAGGAACCUGGCGGUGGGGUUGCUGGCCGACCUGUACGCGCCUAGCCUGCCGUGGCGGCUGGUGGUGGACGAUGGGGUUGCAUGGGAUAUUGGCGAUACUUUUCUGAAUAGCGUCAAGGAGGCCGACUUUGUUCGCUACGGCAACGCCAAUCAGAUCAUGAAGAUGUCCAAGGAACACACCACUCAGCUCUGGAACUCAGUCAUUGACAAUGACUACGCUGCGUUUUCCAAGAUACACACACGCCUGCUCAAUGCUCCAGCCACCCUCAAGCACGCCCCCAUGCGGGUGUACAUCCCCUCAACCCCCCCUGAUGCAGGCGGUGAUGGUUCCCCCUCUGCUCCCGCAGCCGGUGAAGCUGGAUCUUUCAGGAUCGUCCAAUCCUUGGUCCCUGUCAUGACACCAGACCGCAAGCCAAAGCUGCUGGGGCAGGCCCUCAAGGACUUGAUGCCCACGCUGUUUCCCAGCAGUCGAGACCCCGUGCUGGCGAGCGUGGUACUUCACGGCGUGUCCGCUCCCUUUGACGCCCCCUUGGGAGAAAUGAUGAGGGAAGCUGCAUAUCCCGAUGGGUGGCUUUGCUUUGUGGUUGUUGUUUAA